GUGUCAGCAGGGGAGGGGCCGCCGGGCCGGGGGAAGCUGCGCAGGCGCCUGGUGGGGCCCUUGGCCGAACCCAGGAGGCAAGGAAUGGGGAGCGUCGGGGCGCGCUCGUGCUGGCCGCCGCUGGCGUUCCUGUGGCUCUUCUUGUGCCUUGGGGGCCGCUUCCCCGGGGCCGAGGGCUUCAGGAAGCGAGGACCCACCGUGACCGCCAAGGUAUUCUUUGAUAUACAGAUUGGUGGCAAAGAUGCUGGAAGAAUUGUAAUUGGCUUGUUUGGGAAAGUAGUACCAAAGACGGUAGAAAACUUCGUAAAACUUGCAACUGGAGAAAAAGGUUUUGGGUACAAAGGAAGUAAAUUCCAUCGUGUGAUCAAAGAUUUUAUGAUUCAGGGAGGUGACUUCACAGCUGGAGAUGGCACAGGAGGAAUGAGCAUCUACGGAGACAGGUUUCCUGAUGAAAACUUUAAACUGAAACACUAUGGUAUUGGUUGGGUCAGCAUGGCUAAUUCAGGUCCACAUACUAACGGUUCACAGUUCUUCAUUGCUGUGACAAGGCCCAGUUGGUUAGAUGGAAAGCAUGUAGUAUUCGGAAAAGUCAUUGAUGGCAUGUCAGUAGUACAUGCAAUAGAACUUCAGCCAACAGAUGAACGUGACCGGCCUCUUCAAGACUGUGUGAUUGCAAACAGCGGGAAAAUAGAUGUAAAAGAACCAUUUGUGGUUGAAGUAGAUGACUGGACAAGUUGACAGCAGAAUGAGCAAAACAGCAACAGGCAUCUCCUCUGGAUCAACUCUGAUAGACUAUUAAUCUAAAAAGGAUUUUGAACAAAUGGGAUGAGCUGUCACCACAAACACCUGAAGACUCUGCUGUUGCCUUUGUCCUUUGGAGAAAGUAAAGGUGUCUAGGAGAGGUGGUUUAAAUUCCUGUUAUGGUUUAUACUCUACUUUUACCAAAAGUAUUAACAGCUCCCCUUUAUCCUCUGGUCAAACUGACAUUUCAUCUUACUUAUAAAAUCUUUUGACAAAUCUUCAGUUAAUUAAUUUAUAAAACGUUUCCCAUGGGCAAUGUCAAAAUAAGUAAGACCCUCAUUCAGCACAACUUCUUUGAUGUCACAUAUUGUGUGGCUUUCCCAGGGUUCAAAAUCUGUAUCUUCUGGUCAUAUUGCACAGCAUUGUUUCCUUAGCUAUCAUCAAAAAAAUACUUGUGAGCAAUUGUCUUUCCAAAUGUUUGCACUCUGGAUAUUAUUAAUGAAAAUACCCACAGCCAUUCCUGCACAAAUAAUGAACAUAUAUAUUUUCUCUAUCCUAUUAAAUAAUUGAGUUUUGGUUGGUUGAACUGCAAUAUAUACAAAAUGUCUACCAUAUUAUUAAGAAUUUUGUUACUCAUAAUGAGGCUCUUGUUUAUUCCCUGCUAUUUAGUACUACUUUAUACAGACAUUAAAACUCUUCUUGCUUUGUAAAAAUAUUGUCCAGUUUUUGCCAUAUGUCAGUAAUUAGUUUUUAAAGGGUUGUUCCUAUUCUUAGCACAAGGCAGCUAUAAUUAUGACCCAGGUUGUAGAAAAA